UUCAUAGCCACGCAUCCAGAAAAAGAAUUAAUCAUCGUAUCAUAUAGAGGAACGCAACCAGGAAGUAUCAGAAAUUACAUUACUGACUUUGUCAUUUAUCAAGAUACUUAUUCUCCUAAACCUGAUACCAAGGUACACCAUGGAUUUCUUAAUGCUUGGGAACAAAUUCAACCCCAAGUUACUGAUGAUCUUAUAAAAUUAAUCCAAGAAAAUCCCGAUUUCAGGAUCGGAUUUAUGGGUCACAGUUUAGGUGCACUUGCUACAUUAUCGGCAUUAGAUCUUAUAGAAAAGAAACCAGAUUUAGCUAAUAAUGAAAAAUUGUUUCUUGCUACAUUUGGUCAACCAAGAAUUGGUGAUGAAAAGUUUGCUAAAUAUGUUGAUGAAAACCUAAGAGCAAUAAGAACUAUAGUUCGUGGUGAUCCAGUUCCUCGUUUACCUACAUCAUGGCCAAUUCCAUUUAUUGGGUCCUAUAAACAUUUUGGUGAAGAAUUAUAUAUAAAUAAUCCUGAUCAAGAUCCAACUGCCUUUAUUGAAUGUAAUGCUGAAGAUCCAAAUUGUUCUGAAUCGGUACCUCUUCGUCAGUUAAGCCUAAAAUAUCAUUCGGGUCCCUAUUAU